AAACAUUUUUUUUUUUCUUUUCAAAUUUGAAAAAAAGAAUUUGUGAAAGAUGGGAGAUAUUUACAUUAUAUAAAAAAAACAAUUAGACAAAUUACACCAGUAACUUUUGUACUUUGCCUGUAUUAUUAUUGUUUUUGUCUCUAUAUUUUUCAUUGAAUCAACUUUGACCAUUACUUUUUUUUCCAAACAUACAUUGAUUUGCUAUUUCCCAAAUUAUAAAAGGUGAUCACAUUCCUCCUUUUCAGCACUACACUCACUACUUAAGUAUAAUUUCCAGUGUCUUAGUCUUAGAAGUUAGAAUCACAAAGCAAUCCUCGUUUGAGUGCUAUAUUCUUAGUCACAAGUGUCAUGGAGAACGAACAUGUUCAACAAAGGUUGAUGAAGGCUGCAGAAGCAGGAGAUAUCAGUCUCCUGUACGGGUGUAUACAAGACUACCCAAAAAUUUUGGAUAGUAUAGAUGAGAUCCCUUUUGUUGAUACUCCUUUACACAUAGCUGCCUCAGUUGGGCAUGCACAUUUCGCUUUAGAAAUGAUGAGAUUAAUGCCAUCAUUUGGUAAGAAGCUGAACCCACAAGGGCUAACCCCCUUGGACUUGGCUUUGCAAAGUAGGGAAGGCCUAAGCCCCUCAGACCCGGAAUUGCAAAAUAUGGAAGAGCUAAGCCCAGAGGACCGGGAUUUGCGAAAUAGGAUCACUUCGACUAUAAGCCGGCUCAUAAAGUUUGACAAGGAGCUCAUACGAGUCAAAGGAAGGGAAAGCUUGACUCCUUUGCACUACGUAGCUGAAAAAGGAGACAUUGAUCUUUUGGCUGAAUUUCUAUGUGCUUAUCCGGAAUCAAUGGUGGAUCGGACAAUUCGAGAUGAGACUGCACUGCACAUUGCAGUGAAAAACUCAAAGCUACAAGCUUUUGAAGUGUUGUUGGGAUGCCUUCGCAGGAUCCGAAAACAUCAUGAUGUGCUAGGCUGGAAAGAUGAUGAAGACAACACCCUACUGCACAUUGCGGUGUCCACUUCACAGACUCAGG